GCUGAUAUACCUUGGCGUAGAUAUAUAAGGAGGACACGACACAAAUGCAUAAAACUCCGGUGAGAAAGCUAAUCAGCCAUGGCAAAGCUAAACUCCUUUAUCUUGACUCUUUGGUUUCUCAUCCUCCCAAUCAGCUGCAGCCUCAGAGAAUGCCGUCGACGGCAGCCGGGGCAGGUGGAAGAAGGUGGUCCUGCCGCCUUGUACGUAUUCGGGGACUCUUUCUUAGAUUCUGGAAACAACGACUACAUCAACACCACUGCUCUCUACCUAGCUAACUUCUGGCCUUAUGGUGAGACCUUCUUCCACUUCCCCACCGGCCGGUUCUCCAACGGCCGUCUGAUGUCGGACUUCAUUGCGGAAUACGCAAAACUGCCAUUGACUCGACCGUUUCUACAGCCAGGCAUUGAUCAGAUGGAUUACUACUAUUACAAGAAUGGAGUGAACUUUGCAUCCGCGGGAGCAGGAGCUCUUGUUGGGACUUUUCAAGGAUUGGUAAUCAGUCUCAGUGAGCAGUUAAAUUUCUACAGGAAGGUAGUGGAAGGGUUAAGACAGAAACUAGGGGAUGUGGAAUCCAAGAAAACCCUGUCAAAAGCUGUCUACUUGUUUAGCAUUGGAACCAACGAUUACACUAGCAUUUUCCUGCAACAUUCCAACAUUCUCAGCCACUACUCUAAAUCCACUUAUGUUGGAAUGGUGAUUGGCAACUUAACCAUCGCCAUUAGAGAGGUGUAUGGAAGAGGAGGCAGGAAAUUUGGAUUUCUCAAUCUGGGGCCCCUAGGUUGUCUUCCAGCCAUAAGGGUACUUGGUCCAGAUCAUGAAGGCAUUAAUGGCGGCUGCUUAGAAGAAGAAGCUUCAACACUAGCUAAGUUGCAUAAUGAAGCACUCUCAAAAAUGCUAUCAGAAUUAGAGAGCCAACUAAAGGAUUUCAGAUAUGCACUUUAUGACUUCCACACCAACUUGAGAGAGAGAAUGGAUCACCCCUCCAUAUAUGGUUUCAAGGAAGGCAUGGCAGCAUGCUGUGGAACAGGGGAGUUCAGGGGAGAAUUCAGCUGUGGAGGAAGAAGGCCAGUGAAGGAGUUUGAGCUGUGCGAUAACCCAGCUGAAUAUGUGUUUUGGGACUCUAUCCAUCUCACUGAAGAGGCUAACCAACAAAUGGCAGCUCAAAUGUGGGCUGGAGGAGGCCCUUACGCUGUUAAGCCUUACAAUCUGAAAACUCUAUUCGAGUGCCUCCACUAAUAUAUAUUUGAUGAAUUUGAUGAAAUUUUUUUUACUCGAUGAAUACAUGUAUCCCAUGCUUCCGUUUGCUAUCAAGGAAUUUGAUUUACAAUA